AUGCGUCCCCCCUCGCCCUCCCUCCCCGAAAAAGAAUUCCUCAUCCACGCGCUCGAACAGAAUCUACGUCUCGAUGGCCGUGCGGCGCUCGAGAUGCGCCUGCCGGAAUUGAUUUUUGGGGAUGAGUUGGGGUGUGUGGAGUGUGUUUUUGGGAAGACGAGAGUGCUGGCCCAAGUCGACGCAAAGAUGAUACGUCCGACGCCGGAACGCCCGUACGAAGGUCAGAUACUCAUUCAUUCUGAGAUAUCGCCUAUGGCGUCUAGUGAAUAUGAGCCCGGUCGACCUUCAGACGAAGAGGUCGCGCUUUCGCGCAUGUUGGAUAAAGUCCUGCGACGGAGCGAUGCGGUGGAUAAGGAGGGGCUAUGUAUAUUGGCCGGGCAACGGGUGUGGCAACUCCGAAUAACGAUCCAUUGUCUGGCCGAUGCGGGAAAUCUACUCGAUUGUGCUUGUCUUGCGGGUAUCGCUGCACUAAAACAUUUCCGUCGACCGGAGGUCGAGGUCGUCGGGGAUGAAGUGACCGUCCACCCCCCCUCCUCCCGCGCCCCCGUCCCCCUCUCACUCCACCACACCCCCUUCUGCAUCACCUUCGCCUACUUCCCCUCUCCCUCGCACCCCCACACACCCACCUGCCUCCUCGACCCCUCGCAUCUUGAACAACGUCUCUCCACCGGCACGCUCUCGCUCGCACUGAACGCGCAGAGGGAGUUGUGCGUGGUGCAUAAGGCGGGGGGACUGCCGCUCGCGCCGGAGGAGGUGUUGAGGGCGGUGGAGGUGGCGGUGGGGAAGGCGAGGGAGUUGGAGAAGUUUUUGGAGGGGCGGUUGAGGGAGGAUUGGAAGGGGAGGAAUGUGGAGGUUAGGUAG